CCGUCGCUAUGGAUGUCCCAUAAAAAGGACAGUUGCACCCAAUGGAUAAGCAUCUACAGAUGCGCUACAAGGCGCGAGACUACGGAUCUCGAGAUUCAGGGUUAAGCUUAUUUUUUUUUGCCCGCUGUGCGACGCGUUCCGUUGAGGAAAGUGGAUUCCCGGAGUUUGGCGACACAUGCGUACCCUCGUACCGUACGAGCGCCGCGCGAGGCCCGCGAGGUACAGCGACGUCCGCACCAGGUCGCCGAGGGGCCCCGAGGUACAUGCUGCGCAGUUGCGGUGGAGCUACGGGGGUUGCGUCGACGGCGUGCGGCGGGCUGGCUAGCCGCGACGCACGGUCAAGUCGACCGUCAAACCAUCACAAUCAUCACUUCGUCUUCUUUGUCUCAGUAGACGCCGCCGCCGCUCCAGAAGAACUCCCGCGCCGUCGCUCCUGCAACCGCCCGACACCCCUCAGAAUACACGCAACACUCACCAACCACAACGACAACAUCUGCACGCCCGUAUACGCGUCCAACGUGAACACCUUCCCAAUCAGUAACGCCCAUGCGGCCGCAAGCGCCACCGCGACCAAUCCGCCCGUGGCGUCGAGGUCGCUAGGAGUCGGCGCAUGGCCGCCCCAGCCCGCCGACUGCAUCGCCAAUGCGGCGCGCGACAUUGUUCUCGUAUGGCGCGUCGACGGCGUGCUGCUCUUGUGUGAAUCUCUGCUGUCUCUGCUGCAGCUCUGCUGGUGAACGAGCCGGACGCGUGGCGUUAUUGUGCCACGGUAGUGCGUGCUUGAGAGGGCUUUGCAACGCGCUAAAGUUGCACCCCGCUAGACCGCGCGUAGCCCUGGCACUCUGCUGCUGCCGCUUGCUCUCCCGCAGUGGCGGCCUGGUGCAGCGUAAACGACAGCACGGCUGCGUACAACUCGAUUUUUGCACCUGGUUGACCUCUAUCGCGAGCUGUGAGAGGCACUCGGUGCCCUGCGUCGCGUGUGUCAGCGCUGCCACACCCACCACAAAGGCAGCCGAACUCCUUGAGCUGCUGCGCGGGACGAACGAGCGGUGGGCGACGACGCGACAGCAGAGGACGGACGCCGCGCGUGACGAUUCGCGGUAAUGGAGCAGAACGAAGCACGGACGGAGCACGCCGCGACAAUUGACUUGACUGCUGAUGACGACGUGCCCUUGGCGCCAGCGGGCGGUGGCGGUCCGGCGCCGCCUGCGGGAAUGCCGCCCAUGCCGCCGCUCCGGCGGUCGGAGAACUCGGAAUCGGACUCGAGCCUGCCUGACUUCGCCGCUGCGUCGUCUUCGGAAUCGGAAUCGGAUGGCGAGGAGGCGGCGGCCGCGUCGCUGGAGGCCGCGCUGCGCAGAUUGACACCGCGCAUGCCGCCGCUCCGGCGCUCGGCGAGCUCCGCCUCGGACUCGAGCCUGCCCGACCUGGCCUCCGCGUCGUCUUCCGCAUCGGAAGCGGAGUCGGAGGGCUCCUUCAAUCUCCCGCGUCUGGCCCGCGGCCAGGCAGGCUCCGCCGCGUUCUGGGCGGGCGUCGACAACUGGCGGCGCGAGAGCGGCAUCACGGAGCCGCGGUCGCCCGAGGAGGAGGGCGAAAUCAUGCACGCCAUGAGCGAGCUCGCCGUCAACGUGCUGGCCGCGAGUCGCCGCGAGGGCGACCGAGAGGUCGCUCGGACGAUCGCGGAUCGGCUCUACUACAACGCGGUCCGGGCCGCGCGCGAGAACGGCGAACCUCUUCCGCCGCCGCCGCCGUGGCUACUGCGCGAGUGGCGCCAGCGGCGGGACACGUUCCUCCUCUGCCGCCGUCGCUUCUACGAAAGCAAGAAGCGACUCGAGAGCUCGUCCUGCUGGGCGUUUUGGCCGCGCCUCUUCGAGCGCUUCGACGUCAUACGCGCGGUGGCCGGCCCCGACGCCGAGGACGUCUACGGGCACAUGGUCCGGUAUCUCUAGUAAGUUUAGGUUUUCACGUUU